AAGUCACUCACUUUUGAACGAUCCGUCACUUCCUUCUCUUCAUCGAUUUACCGCCUUGCCUUAGCUACUAUUCAGUUGUUGGACGCUUCAUAAGUUCUCUACCUCAUCAUAAUGCGCGCUCAGAACGUAGCUGCCGCCGCUGGAACGGGGGCUUUGUUGCUAGCUGCGACUGCCUACGCCGAGGCUGAAUUUCAGGCGUCCACCUUACAUCCACCCUUCAUCGAUCAGUUCAUAGACCCCAUUGUCGAAUCCAAAUGGACAGUCUCACGUGCCACCAAGCAGACACCUGUCGGCGACGAGACCUUCUCCUAUGUCGGGAUAUGGACAAUCGAGGAGGCUGAGGUCUACCCUGGGAUCAAGGGUGACAUGGGGCUUGUCAUGAAAUCCAAAGCAGCCCACCACGCUAUUUCAUCACUCUUUCCCGAACCGAUUGACCCCAAGGGUAAACCUCUCGUGGUGCAAUAUGAAGUGAAGAUGCAAAAAGGACUGGAUUGCGGGGGUGCCUACAUCAAACUGCUGACUGAAGGAGAAGAUGGUCAAGGUCUCCGAGCUGGUCAGGAUUACACAGACAAAACUCCUUUCACAAUCAUGUUUGGUCCGGACAAGUGUGGUUCUACCAACAAGGUUCACUUCAUCUUCCGUCACCGAAAUCCGAUCACGGGCGAGUGGGAGGAGAAACACCUGACAAAUCCACCUCAACCGAAGAUUGUCAAAACGUCCACUCUAUACACUCUGAUCACGAAACCCGAUCAGACUUUCGAAAUCCUUAUAAACGACGAAUCUGUACGAACUGGAUCUUUGUUGGAAGACUUUGAUCCCCCUGUCAACCCUCCUGCCGAGAUAGAUGACCCUGACGACUUCAAGCCUGAAAGCUGGGUUGACAUCUCAGAGAUCGAUGACGAGACUGCGACCAAGCCUGAUGAUUGGGACGAAGAUGCUCCCCUCAUGAUCACGGACACAGUCGCCGUCAAGCCCGAAGAUUGGCUGGAGGAUGAACCGGAGACUAUACCAGAUCCAGAAGCGGAAAAGCCCGAAGAAUGGGAUGACGAGGAAGAUGGCGAUUGGAUCCCUCCCAUGAUUCCCAACCCAAAAUGUGAGGAGGCUGCUGGCUGUGGUGCUUGGAGUCAGCCCAAGAUCAAAAAUCCUGCAUACAAAGGCAAAUGGACCGUACCAAAGAUUCCCAACCCCGCGUAUAAGGGUCCUUGGGCUCCACGUAAAGUUCUCAACCCGGCUUACUUCGAGGACAAGACUCCUGCGGACUUCACCAAGAUUGCAGGUAUCGGAAUCGAGCUUUGGACCAUGACCGAAGAUAUCAUGUUUGACAACAUCUACAUCAGUCAUGAUCCCGAAGAAGCCAAAGCAUUCGCCAAGGAGACCUUCCACGUUAAAAAGCCCAUCGAGAAGGAAGCAGAGGGUUCGGCCGAGGACGAGGAUGAGGAACCUUCCACCCUUCUGGACAAGAUCAGAUUGAAGAUUUAUGAGUUUAUCCACCUCUGUGGCUUUGAUGUCUUACAAGCUGUCAAACAAAUGCCCGAAGUGGCUGCCGGUCUUGCUGCCGCAUUGUUCACCGUCCUCGGUAUGCUCGCUGCUCUCUUUGGUUUGAUCGGGUCCAAACCUGUGGCGCAGAAAGUACCUUCUGUCAAAACUACAAAGAUCAAGCCUGUUGAAGCCGCUCCAGCGACUGUGGAUGGCGAGGAUGAGAAGGAAUCCGUCGCCGUUGCCGGAGAAGAGAAGGUAGAGGAGACCACAGUGAAGAAGAGGACGACCAGAUCGGCGAAAGAUUGAUCACGGCUGUGGGGACGUAUGAAGUGGAAGAGGACAUGAAGGAGGGUAGUUGUGGGUAGUCAAUUCGAAAAAAAAAAUGCAUCUGUCUCUAUUUCG